AUGGAUGACAGGAAAAAGGUGCUGGAUGAUAGGCCAUGGGUUUUUGAUAAUCAAAUUCUGCUAUUGAAGGAGAUUUGUGCCGAUGAACAACCUUCGGAAGUUACGUUUGAUUCAUGCCCUUUCUGGAUUAGGCUUAUUGACGUGCCUUUUCGUUUAUGUUCGAUUAAGUUUGCUCGUGAUGAUGGGGACUGUAUUGGAGAAUGUUUGGAGGUAGACGAGUCUGGUCCCCUUUGCUGGGAGGAAUAUAUGAGGGUUAAAGUGGUGGUGAAUAUCACUAAACCUCUUCGUAGGGGAAUGAAAGUUGUUGUUGAGACUGGGAGCACCAAAUGGGUUGGGUUUAAGUACGAGAGACUUGGAGAUUUUUGCUAUUAUUGUGGUCGAAUUGGGCAUACAGAUAAGGAUUGUGAGGAGAAAGAUACCUGUGAUAGUGAAUCGCCUGUGGUAUUUCAGUACGGCCCUUUCUUGACUGUUUCACCUCAUCGUUCGAAAGUCUCUAAGAUUGAAAAGAAAGGGGGAAAAAGUGGAUUGAAAAUAUGA